UCUCAAACCUCACUCCCGUGACAAGCUGCAUAAAGCCAAAGAAGAUGGUUACGAUACGCAGUUUAGUUAAAGAGGUCAAAUUGAUGAACUGUUACGUUUAUGCGCAAUGGUUCAUUCUCUCUGGACUUGUUUCUGAUUUCAUAUUGACUGUUAUUGCUUUACCAAUUGUGGCUACCCAGAGCUCUUCAUUUUCCCAGCUAGGGGACAAUAAAUGGAUAGCCUGGGCUUACGAAUUGGGGAUAAACAUCCCAACCAUGUUUGCUAUUUUUUGGUUUUAUUUUCUCGAAGAAGAAACGACAUCUAGAGUUCGACAUGAGGACUUGAUGUUUCUUUGCUUAUGGCUUCUCGUCGCCACGACGAAAUGGAUAGGGUAUAGUAUUGGUUUAUUAUACUUAUCCUCAGCGAUUCUGUUUACCGCAGCUACAAUUUGUUACGGUACUGCGUACCUCCUCUGUCAAAGUCCAAGGAGGACUAGACUCAUUGGUGGAUCCGGAGUCGAGUAUAUGAUGCUUGAAGUCCCCAAUAAAGGCGGGCGGAAUGGCUGUAAUUGGACGGGCAUCCUUUGUAUAAUCGGUAUCUUCAUAGCAUUCGGUUGCAUUGGGGUUGGUGCUGGAUACGGCUUCUAUUACGCUCUAUAUGUUAAGUAAUAGAAACAAUUUACUCUGA